AUGGCGCCGUCACUCAAGAUCUCGGCGGGUCCCUCAGUGGAUGCACUCAAGACCGUAGCUGUGAACCACGACGAUCAACCGACUUCGAUCGACACUGACCUCUUCCAGGGCCGCAUCUCGGUGCGCAUCAAGAACUUCACCGGCGUCGAUCCCGAUGGCGUAGACCACCGCAAAGACACCCCUUACUUUGAUGGAGGCUAUGCCAAGGGCAUGAGCUGGAGCAUGCAGAUCCAAGGUCGCUUCAAGGUGGACGUCAACGGAGACGAUCUUAUCUUUGGUAACGAAUUCGACCGUCCUAUCAAGGACCACCUUCCCUACGGCACGAGUGUGGCACUUCAAUUCGCCAAGGUGGUCGAUCCCAACCUUGAGCAUGAUUUGUAUGCGGAUCGUCCACAUGCUUGGAGUCCAUACCUCGCUACAAUGCCCCGAAUCAGUUCGCACCAAGUCGAAUCCGACGCAUCAAUCGACAGCUGGCCUGCGUUCCCGGCUGCUCCAGACUACAUUCAGGAAGACAUUUCGAGUCUGAUUCCGGAAGAGCUGGCCGAAAAGGAGAAGGAUACCGUGGCGAACUUUAAGGGUAUUGAUAAGGCGCACGAAUACCGACAACGCUUCAUGGGUAACCGCGCACAUCGACAGGAAAUCACCAUCAAGCCAGACCAGAUCAUCACCGCCGACUUUGUCAACGCCUACAUCGACUUUAACGACCUCACCCUCCACAUCCCCUUCUCCGGUGGCCUCAAAUUCGACCUCAAAAAGUACUGGGACGGUCAACCGGUGCGCUACAUCUGCAAGGACCGCAAAAACGACCGCGUCUUCUUCGUCAUCCAGUUCGACAUUGUCGAUCUCAACCAGUAG